AUUGUGCCUACUGAUGUUACCUUCGCAUGGGCAUGAAGCUGAUCCGACAUCAAUAGAUUAACACAUUGUUCGACCGAUAAUUAUAUCAGGGAUAUUGUGCCCAACAUUGUGAUGAGAUUUAUGAAAAUUGUAUGGAUUGCAGCUCUAAAGUAUAGGAGAACAUUAGAUAUUGCUGUUAAUUAAAUAAUACCUAACUAACUUUAAAGUUUAAACCAUAGAGUUCGUUUUUAUUUAUUCCUAACGCAAUACUAGGUAAUUAGGUAUACUGUGUCCUUGACACCGGUGUAAGGAGUAUAAAUCAGCUUCCUGAUGGGUCGUGUCUUCUUAGAGCACCUGGGUGGUGCUCGACUUUUCUCGUGUGCCAACUGCUACGCUUUUCUCACUAACCGCAAGCAUCUGAAAUCCGAUCGCUUCACUGGUGCCACAGGGCCUGCUUUUCUCUUCGAUAAAGUUGUAAAUUUGACAUACAGUGAGAUGCAGGAUCGGGAGAUGUUAACAGGACACCAUGUUGUACGUGAUGUUUUCUGUAAGAACUGCGAGUCCAUGCUGGGCUGGUUCUAUGAGUUUGCUUCUGCUGAGAAUCAGAGGUACAAGGAGGGACAUGUCAUCCUGGAGAAGGCACUUGUGGUUGAGACUGAAGGGCUGCACAGCGAAACUGCCUGAGACUGCGCUACUCAAACUUUCGGUCUCACCAGCACCCACUCUUUGCUGCCAUCAUCUCCACCGUGGGCGACUUGAGCACGUCUCAAGGCUCUCUUCAUUGUUAUUGUGUGUGAAACUGCGCCUUGAUUAUUUACUCAUUGAUAUUAAUUAACCCACCGCUUGUUCUUUCAACUUGCGGAUACAUUUUGUGUAUCAGUAAGUACCGGGUACCAAUAGUUGUAGAUAAAUAAUGUACUAUUGAGAGAGAACACUAAAUUUUAAAAAAAUACCUCUAAUUCUUGAUGGAUUCUUUUGUUGACCAAGUCUACCAACCAGCUUGAAGUCUUGCUUGAUAAGCUCAACCUUUCUCUAGCUAUAUCUCUAGUUUUCAAUUGAAACAACAAAGAAAAAUGGAAGAAAAGUUCGUGUUUCUCGCCUUCAUAAUUUCUAAUAAAAAUAUAGCAUAUUUUGGUUAGGAAUAGAUGGUACGCGGAUCUUUGACCGCUUUCCUUAUCUUAUUUACUCUUCUUAGUUACUAUAGAUUGGCUUGAUUAUUUACUGAUGUGAUAUAUUAUCAAUUCCACUCUCUUAAGACCGUUAAUCAUAUUGUCAACUACCCCUCACCGGUGCUGUUAUAAGUUUGAACUCAUAGUUUAUUAGGAAAUACAAUUUAAGGCAUGCUAAUGUCACGACUCUUGAAUGAAAAACUCGAGAAAAAUAAAUAAUGCUAAUCGAGAAUGUUUCACAAAAUAUGAUCAAGAAUUGCUUUUCAAGCUGUAAACCUGGUGGCACUGUUCUGAAAAGAAAGUUCACAAUGCAAAAACUUAUUUCAUGUUGAGAUUACGUGCAUAUUUGUUAUGGGCUGUGUAGGGUUAAGACUGUUAACUGUAUUACACGGGCUUGUUUAUGUAUUAGUUUAAACUGCUAUCUACAUAGAAAAAUUAGACUUGCAUCCGUUAACGGUUAAAGCAUUGAUAAUAGGUCGACUGGACCUUUCAACACGUCUUAUUGUAAUAUUUAAAAUGUUCAGGAAUUAUUCAUUCAGUAAUUUUGGCAAAAAAUUCAGACUUUGAUCGAGAAGCUUGCAUGCACCUGCCAGUUUUUAGGUUCCGGUUCUUUUGUCCCUGCAAUAUUCGGAAAUCAAAAUGAUUCCUCUUGCUUUUCUUCAAGUUAGUCUUCGGAGAAAAUAAAAUCGUUGGAUACUAUUAUUGAUCGCGCUGCCUCUUCUGUGGGUUUUCUCCAGCAGUUUCCUUUCUUAUAUUCUUCAUUGUUUCAGCGCCGCAAGUCUAGUCACGAACUGAGAAACUUUACAUCAACAUAAGUAGGCAGUAAUUUUCUUCAUGCAAAAUAAUUGUUAAACAGUUAUUAAGUCAUCUAACUUGAUAAAUGUGAUGCUUCCGCACUAGAAUGGUGUUUUGGCAAUAAUGAAUUGAGUUUGAUUACAAUGAAAUAGGAUUGUAAAUUACAAAGGAUGCCAUUUUCUCAACUAUGCAGAUAAGCGAUUGGAUUAAAGUGACAGCGCUGUUCAUGAGCAUUAUCGCUGCCGACGGUCGAUUGGUCUAUUAUUACCUGGCAAUUUAUACCUGAACUUACAAUCAUUUUGGCUGUAGAGGAUUAAGACUCCACCACUCAAAAUUAUUUUCAGCAGCGAUGAAUGGUAUCCGGACAUCGACCUUCUGUGUUAACAAGGCCAUAACACAUGUCAGUUGCGUAUGUAAGAUCCAUAAAAAAAACUCUCGUUUGCCAGACCGUAAAGCUCGCUUCAAUACAAAUAUUCUGUCAAUCAUAAUUUCAAUAAACCUUAGCAUUUAUAUGUAGAAGUUGAACGCAAUAAACUAUAUUUAAUAUUGUUUCGCCUCAAGCGUUUAAUUGUGUAGAGCAAGAAUAUUCGUCAUGCUCUGUACUAGUAAGUCAGCCACGUAUUGUGAGACUGCUGAUACCUAAUCAGGCACGAGCUCUCCAAUUGUUGCAUUAAUGUGUAACAUUAAUAGUUUUAAGUGAUCCAGUCAAUCUUUCGCAUUUCCAUAUGUUGAUCCAGAUGGUUACAAAUUCUGGAUUUUUCUUUUCGAUUCGAUACUCCUACAUACUAGCCAAAAUGCAUCUAUCGAGGCUGAAUUGAUGAUAGUAUCUCAUGGAAUGAAAUUUUUAUCCUGACCAUUAGAGAACAAAGUUUAAAUUCAUAAUGUUCUAACUUCUAAAUCAGGUGCAGGCAGAAUAAAUUCUUCAAUUUUAUUAUUCUUUAUGUAGUCACUUUCUCGAAUGAUUGAUAAAAUUAAAGAAUGAUGUGUGGACUCGAACAGAUGAAAUAAGUUUAAAGGGAAUAAAGGUCGUGUGCCGAUA